AUGCUCCCUGGUCUCCCGAGUAAAACUCCUUGGGAUCCAAAGAUUCUGGAGAUACAAAAAACCAAGGAGGGCCUGAAGCACAUGGCCAACGCUGCUAACCACCUCCAUACUGGAUUUCUAAAAAGGAAGCCAGAUUAUGACAAGGCGGCUGUGGAGUACGCCAGGGCAGCUUUAGCCUUCCGCACCGCGAGGCAACUGGAUGGGGCUGUGGAGGCUUUUAUGAAGGAGGCGGAAGUCCACGAAAAGAAACAAGCCUUCUUCUAUGCAGCCAGGGCCCACGAGCAAGCAGGUUUGCUCCUGAGGGAAUUGAAAAAGCUCCCAGAAGCGGCCCAGGCAGCCUGGAAGGCGGUCUCUUUGUACCUGGAAGGCAAAAAUGCUGAGCUCACAGCGGCCACCUUGAGACGCUUCAGCCACAUCCUCGAGGAUCAAAUGCCCACCCAAGUGGUGCACCUGUACCAGGGGACAGCCGAGCUGUUUGAGAAUGAAGGUCGGCUCCUGCAGGCUCUGGGCUUCACGUGUCAAGCGUCCAAGUUGCUGGUGCUUGCCAAACGCUACGGAGAAGCAGCCAUCUCCCUCAACAAAGAAAAGUACUUCUACCAGGAGUUUGAGAGCUUUUCAAUCUGCUACAAAAGAACUGUUGCCCAGUGUCUGGCUUACCUUCAUAAUUCUGAUUUCCUGGCUGCAACCAAGUGUGUUAAUGACAGUUGUAGCAUAUCAGGUUUCAAAGGUAGCCGGGAGUACAAUGCCCUGGUACAACUGCUGGAGAGUUACGACAAAAAAGACCAAAAUGGAUUGGAUGAGAUCUGCCGAGGGCCCAUCUUCAAACUCCUGGAUGACAACUACCGCAAGAUGGUCAAGAAACUGAAGGUACCUCCAUUCGAGGAACUGAGUGAAACAAUCAUGCCAUCACCAUCAGUGACUGCAUGGCCACCUAUCCCUGAAGAAGGAGGAGGAGGAAGAGGAGAAGGAGCAGGAGCAGAAGAAUCCUUAGAUUUGGAGGAGAAGGAAAUGACCACUCCAGAAUAA